CUGGUGUGGGAUGACGUCAAAUUCAAGAUGGAUGGAAUCACGAUGGCUACACGCUCAACUGAAUACUGAAAGAAAGUCGCGUCAAUUGGCUUUGAGGAAAGGCAAAAAAAUCAGAAAGCACAUCAUGAUGGAGGACCUUCUUCAUUAUGUUAAUCCAGCUCAUGGCAUAUCUCUUCUCAGUUCUUUAAAUGAGCAGCGUUUAAAAGGACAGCUUUGUGACGUUGUUUUAAUUGUCGGGGACCACAAAUUCAGAGCUCAUAGAAAUGUUCUGGCUGGCAGUAGUGAAUAUUUCCACACUUUGUUUUCCAGUAAAGACAGAGAGGCUCAUACUAUUGUGCAGUUGGACUUUUGUGAGCCAGAUGCAUUUGAAAAUGUAUUAAACUAUCUUUAUUCCUCUUCCCUUGUUGUCGAGAAGGACAACCUGGCAGCUGUUCAAGAGCUUGGAUACAGUCUUGGAAUCUCUUACCUUACUAAUAUUCUGUCCAAGAAGCCACGGCUUCCAUACCUCAGUUCUGGUAAGAAAACAGCAUUUUCUCACAAUGAAGGUGGUCCUCAACAAAGAAGUGUUAUUGUUUGUCAGAAUCGUAACAGUAAGCCCAGCACUAGUUGUCAAAAUGAGGUGCCUGCACAGAAAACUUCUGAUACUUUGCAGGCCAGCACCAAACCUUUGAUUGACAGAAACUGUAGGGACCUGCCAUAUGUUCCACUAAAUGAACCAAGGCACUUUUGUGGGAAAAAUGGAAACAUGCCACCCAGCACUGUUCAAGUACCUGAAACUUUGAGAAACAGCAAAAAUUCCACACAAUCACCACUUUCUAAUGUUUCCCAGAAAUCACAGCAAACAUCAAUGUUAUCUAAUAGGCCACAGUUAACUUCGUCUUUAUCCUUUAAUGAUUCCUACUUAAUGCAAGAUGUACAGCCAAAUUGCAGUAGGAAAAAUGAUGGUCUGAGUUCAUUACUGCAAACUAAGGCCAGCCCUGGUGCUAUAGCAAGCAAACUGGAUUCAGAAAACAAAAGCAUUGACAGAAGUGGUCCACUGGUUAAAAGUUUAUUACGCAGAUCCUUAUCAAUGGACAGUCCAGUACCUGUCUGCUCUUUAGCUCUGGACCUGAAAUCUUCUCAUGUUCCUAAAGAGCCAGUGCUUAGUACUGGAUCUGAAAAGCUGUUAUCUAGGACCUCUCCAGACUGUGAGUAUGUGCAAACAAAGUCCAAUAUUAUUCAAACCCUACAGCUCAGACCAGGAAUUUUUAUCAAGUCAGAGUCUGCUUCUAAUAAAACAUUAAAAGCAGAACCCAGUAGUCCACUUGCAGACCCAUCUGAUAUAAUAAGAAUCACUGUUGGAGAAAGUUUGCCAGUAAACUUCAGAGAUUUACAGGGAAGUGCAGAAGAAGGUCCCAGAACUCUCUCUAAGCAUAACCUGAAAAGAAAGUGUCGGCUGGACAACAAAAGAAGUCAGCAAAGGAAAAAGAAGGGUUCAAAUAAUGACUUUAAUAUUGAAGAAUACAAACAUAAUGUAGACGAUAAUGAUUCAGAUACAGAUGAAGACUUGCAGGUGGUAGAGUCUCGACAAAGUAGGAUGUUUAAAUGCUGGAGUUGUAUUAAAGUAUUUAGGUCAAACACUGGACUGUACCGACAUGUGAACAUGUACCACAAUCCAGAAAAGCCUUAUUCAUGUGAUAUCUGCCAUAAACGAUUCCAUACCAAUUUUAAGGUCUGGACACACUGUCAGACGCAGCAUGGAAUUGUAAAGAACCCAGCACCAGUUUCAAGUUCGUAUUCUGUGUUGGAUGAUAAAUUCCAGCGGAAAUUAAUUGAUAUUGUUCGGGAGAGAGAGGUAAAGAAAGCUUUAAUGGUGAAGUUGAGACGAAGCAAGCAAAGUUGCCAGGCUCAGCAGUUUGGGCGGUGGAACCUAAGAACAAGAUCAAAGACCUAUUUUUGUAAUUACUGCGGGAAGGUAUUUCGUUUCCAUUCGCAAUUCAAGCAGCACUUAAAGAUGCACCCUGGUGAAAAAACUUUGUCUGAUGAAGACUAUAUUCCAAAAGAGAAAGAACAAGCUACUAGCCCAAUUGACAGUAAAAAACAAGAAUUCUACCCCUGUCGGCUUUGCAAUGCAAAACUAACUUCUGUAUUAGAGCAAGGGGACCAUGAGAGAAUGUGCAGAAAUGCUACUGUCUGCCCCUACUGCAACCUGCGGUUUACUACUCCUGAAUUAAAAAUGGAGCAUGAAAGCCAUUGUGACUAUAAGAAGCUAACUUGUCUUGAAUGCAUGCGCACUUUUAAGUCUUCAUUUAGUAUAUGGCGUCAUCAGGUUGAGGUUCACAACCAAAAUACAAUGACUACCAAAGAAAAUCAGUCCCAUUCACUGUCCAGUCAUAAUGGAGAGGUGCCAGGUAAAUUAAAGGCUCAGCCAUCAACAGUGGAAACAAAAAGUGGAAGCAGCUCUGGUGUCUCCAAAGAUGAAAUGACUUUCAGCAGUUCUUCCGAGCAGAUGCAUUUUGACUCUGAAGAUUCCUCGUAUCUUCCAGAGGAUCUUACUGUAUCCCAUAAAAUUGCAUUGAAAAUUAAGGAGGAACCAACGGAGGAUGCUGUGGAAGAUGAGAUACCAGAGUCUGAACCAAUAAGUAGUAUGGGAGAUGAUGAGAAAAAUGUGUGGCCAUGUGAAAAAUGUGGUAAGCUUUUUACAGUGCGCAAGCAGCUUGAGCGACACCAAGAACUUCUGUGCCACAUCAAGCCCUUUAUUUGUCAUGUUUGCAGUAAAGCUUUCCGAACAAACUUCCGCCUCUGGAGCCACUUUCAGUCUCAUAUGGCUGGCACAGAAGAAAUUGGUGUAAAGGAUUCUCCUCCUCCUUCCUCCCCAUCUCCGCCAUCAUUUACAUCUGCUAUACCCUCACUUCCUCCUCAGCAAGAACCACCUAAACAAUUCCCAACACUAGCAAAGGUCAAGGAAGUGGAGCCUGAGAAGACUGAUUCCAGUACUACUACUUCUUCCAUGAAGAAAAACAGUCCUGUAGUAUCUUCACAGGAAUCAGAUUCACUGUUUUACCAUGCACAUCCUCUCUCAGCAAUCACCUUCAAGAGGCAGUACAUGUGCAAACUCUGCCACAGGACUUUCAAGACAGCUUUCAGCCUUUGGAGCCAUGAACAGAGUCACACUAAUGUGUAAAUAGAAAUACUGAUGUAAUGAUGGAAUUAUGAUAAGAUCGCUGUUAAAUGCAGCACUAGCAGGGAAGCAAGAUUUAUUUUGUGAGGAUUCAACCUCAAAGCUUGCUUGUAUUUCAGCUAUGCAGAAAGAUUUGUGGAAAAUGGUGUCAAAGAGAUUAAUUAAAAAUGGAUACAAUCCUGUCAUGAGAUGACAACCAAUAAAUAUUUAAAUGUUAUUUAUACCCAUUUAGCAUUAUAUAAUUCAUUGUAAUGGAAAUUAAAGUUGGCUAUGGCCAGGCCAAAAUGUUGGAAAUCUUUAAAAAGGGUUGGGUUUUGUUUGUUAGGCAAGUAUCCUUUGCUGUAUCAACAAAGCGGUACGUUUUGAUUUUGCUUUAUUUCAAGUGUUUUUACUUGUUAAUUAAUUAUCACUUUCCUAAUGUUCUUUACUUGAGUGAGGGAGAAGAAAUAACUAAAUACUCACUUGAAAUGACUUAAUAUUGUUUCACGGGAUAGAUGGUUGUAAUGAAGUACUGUUCAGGGGAUGUUUGAUUGUUCAGGAACUAAUGUUAGGAAUUUCAAUUCAGACCAUAAAAGCAAUAAUAAUAUUACCAUAAACCUCAAGAGUUUCAUAACUGUACAUAGCAGUCCAUCCCAACAUAAGCCCAAAACAACAACAUACUUUACUACGCACUGCUGCUGUUGAGUCUUUUCAUCCUUAUUUUUGGGUGUCUUUUCUCUCAUAAAUUUGUUAAAUGGAAAACCAACUGCAUUCAUUUUAGUUUAUCAACAGAAAAGCUUGCUUGAUGACAGUAAAACAUAAUUUAAGUCAAUUUCUUUAGAAUUAAUAUUUUGUUUGUUCCUAAACACCCACAUGAAGCAAAAGUACAAUUUAGGCUCAAAAGUAAGUAAAACAGAUUGUAAGUUCAUAAGCAUAGCAACAUUUUUUUUGUUCUGGAAAUAAACAUUUUUGUUUAUGUGCCAUUUCUAUUUUCUUCACAACAUUUAAUCUGGUUUAAUUUGGCUGGUAACUUUAAAAUUCAGAGCAAAGUAUUCCUACAAAAUAUGUGGAUAAUAUUUUAAUUAUAUGAUAUACAAUAUUUGAAUAUUUAAUAUAAAUUACAAUAUUAUAAAAUGAUUCAUGAGCUCUAAUCACAGUGAGGGUUAAUAAAAGACAAAUAUGAAAUAGUCUUUUUUUUAAUUGCAUUAAAGGCACUUACUUCAGGUCAGACGAUCAAGGUUAUGGUCAUUUCCCUGUAAAUAUAUUUUCCAUGUGUUUGUCUGUUGAUUAGUUGUUCGUUUUUAUUAUUCAUUUAAACUUGAUGGCUAGAUUCAUGUAGCCCUGUUAUUACAGAAUAAGUGUACAUCAUACAAAAUGUUACUUAAACUUCACAAGAUUAUGUAAGUAUAGUCCACAUAUUAAAAAUAUAUUUAAUUUA